GUAAACUUAAAAUCUUAAAUUCUACUAUGGAAGCACCUCCUCAGCCCCAAAUGGCUCCAAAUUCAGUGAAUUACGCCCAAAAUCAGGCGAAUUUUGUUCAGAAUCCUCAGAUGCAGGCUUAUCAGCAGAAUAAUUUUAAUGCUGGGAUGAAUGUAGUUGAUCAGAGAGUGAAGAGACUUACUAUUGCCUACACGGUCUUGUUGCUACUUGCUGUAGCCGGCACAGCUUAUCAGUUAAUCAUGGCAGCCACUACUUUUUACCUUGACUCGUUCUGGUGGUCACAUAUUGUUGUGUCUAUUAUAUGAUCUCUCACUGGAGCCUGAUACGUAUAUAUCCAAAACAUUAACAUGACCGCUGGACUUGUGAUGGUAAUGAUCCUGAUGGGUCUCUUUUUCUUCCAUAUUGGAGUAUUCUUUUGGUUCUUGUUCAGAGUCAUCGUUUAUUUAGGAUAUUUCUAUGACAGCGAUAAGUUCUUGCUCAUUUUAUGGUGGCUUGCAGUAGCUGUUCAAACAUUUCCUCUAAUCAUCAUUUUCGUAAUUUUCUUUAUGAGAAGAAAACUUCAGCAAAGUAGCCAAAUGAAUCAAGGAGUUUUUGCUCCUCUCAACCAGAAUCCUCAAGCUUAUGCACAGAAUCCUUACGGACAAGCUCCUGCUCCUGGAUACCAGCAAGUCCCAAGCAGUGCCAUGCCAACUGGAGCUCCAUAUGGGUCCAAUUCAAAUAUUCCUGCUGCAUCGAAUCCUUCUCCUUAAUCCGCUUCUGAACUGAGCCAAUAUUGAUUAAAUCCUAAUCAAGUCUUACUAUUCAAC